UAAAAAGCAAAUUGAACGGCCAAAGUGUCUUAGCUGGAGCUCCUACCAAGUGUCAGCGAUUGGGAUUGGGUAACAUCACAUCCCAUCCGCUAGCAUGUCCGAAGUGGAGUCCGAGCUGCUUAGAAAAGUCAAUGAGAAAAUCGAUCUGAUUGAGCCCACAACCGGAAAACUGUUUUUCGAGCACAAAACAGAGCUGGUUUUCUGUAGGCCGCACCUGAUGCCACUAAAGACGCAGGCGCUGGAACGGCUGGAGGAAAUGCAUCGCGAAACUGCGCGACAAUUGCAAAAAAAGCGAAACAACAAGAACAUCACCGAGCCCCACAAGGAAUAGUCGCUGUCAUAAGAGCGAGCGGCCCGAAAUGAAUUAGUUCUUAUAUUUAGUCAUCAAUCACA